GAAUUAAAAAAAUAAAAACUCCAAAUUAAUCUCAGCCGUCAAUUUCUCCUCUUCUUCUUCUUCCCCAAUUCUCUCAACAGAUAGAGAAACCUUAGCACUCUCACGAAAUCGUCGUGACGAAACGAUAAACCCUAAAUCAUGGUAAAAGAAACUCUAAUUCCUCCGUCUUCUACGUCAAUGGCGACCGGUACGGCGACGUCUUCGUCUCUUUCAAUGACGUUGUCAUCAACAAACGCGUUAUCGUUUUUGUCGAAAGGUUGGAGAGAGGUAUGGGAUUCAGCGGAUACGGAUUUGCAGUUGAUGCGAGACAGAGCUAACUCCGUUAAGAAUCUAGCAUCGACGUUCGACAGAGAGAUCGAGAAUUUCCUCAAUAAUUCGGCCAGGUCUGCGUUUCCCGUCGGGUCACCAUCGGCGUCUUCUUUCUCAAGUGAAAUUGGUAUCAUGAAGAAGCUUCAGCCGAAGAUUUCGGAGUUUCGUAGGGUUUAUUCGGCGCCGGAGAUUAGUCGUAAGGUUAUGGAGAGAUGGGGACCAGCGAGAGCGAAGCUGGGAAUGGAUCUAUCGGCGAUUAAGAAGGCGAUUGUGUCUGAGAUGGAAUUGGAUGAGCGUCAGGGAGUUUUAGAGAUGGGUAGAUUGAGGAGACGGCGUAAUAGUGACAGGGUUAGGUUUACGGAGUUUUUCGCGGAGGCUGAGAGAGAUGGAGAAGGUAAUUUCGGUGAUUGGGAACCGAUUAGGUCUUUGAAGACUAGAUUUAAAGAGUUUGAGAAACGAAACUCGUUAGAAAUAUUGAGUGGAUUCAAGAACAGCGAAUUUGUGGAGAAGCUCAAAACCAGCUUUAAAUCAAGUUACAAAGAAACUGAUGAGGCUAAGGAUGUCCCUCCAUUGGAUGUACCUGAACUUUUGGCCUGUUUGGUUAGACAGUCUGAACCUUUUCUUGAUCAGAUUGGUGUUAGAAAGGAUAUGUGCGACCGAAUAGUAGAAAGCCUUUGCAAAUGCAAGAGCCAACACCUUUGGCGUCUGCCAUCUGCACAAGCAUCCGAUUUAAUUGAAAAUGAUAAUCAUGGAGUUGAUUUGGAUAUGAGGAUAGCCAGUGUUCUUCAAAGCACAGGACACCAUUAUGAUGGUGGCUUUUGGACUGAUUUUGUGAAGCCUGAGACAUCAGAAAAUAAAAGGCAUGUGGCAAUUGUUACAACAGCUAGUCUCCCUUGGAUGACCGGAACAGCUGUAAAUCCACUAUUCAGAGCGGCGUAUUUGGCAAAAUCUGCAAAACAGAGUGUUACACUUGUAGUUCCUUGGCUCUGCGAAUCUGAUCAAGAACUAGUUUAUCCAAACAAUCUCACCUUUAGUUCACCUGAAGAACAAGAGAGCUAUAUACGUAAAUGGUUGGAGGAAAGGAUUGGUUUCAAGGCUGAUUUUAAAAUCUCCUUUUACCCAGGAAAGUUUUCAAAAGAAAGGCGUAGCAUAUUUCCUGCUGGUGACACUUCUCAAUUUAUAUCGUCAAAAGAUGCUGACAUUGCUAUACUUGAAGAACCUGAGCAUCUCAACUGGUACCAUCACGGCAAGCGUUGGACCGAUAAAUUCAACCAUGUUGUUGGAAUUGUCCACACAAACUACUUAGAGUACAUCAAGAGGGAGAAGAAUGGAGCUCUUCAAGCAUUUUUUGUGAAUCAUGUAAACAAUUGGGUCACACGAGCAUAUUGUGACAAGGUUCUUCGUCUCUCUGGGGCAACACAAGAUUUACCAAAAUCUGUUGUAUGCAAUGUCCACGGUGUCAAUCCCAAGUUCCUUAUGAUUGGGGGGAAAAUUGCUGAAGAGAGAUCCCGUGGUGAACAAGCUUUCUCCAAAGGUGCAUACUUCUUAGGAAAAAUGGUGUGGGCUAAAGGAUACAGAGAACUAAUAGAUCUGAUGGCUAAGCACAAAAGCGAACUUGGGAGCUUCAAUCUAGAUGUCUAUGGGAACGGUGAAGAUGCAGUCGAAGUCCAACGUGCAGCAAAGAAACAUGACUUAAAUCUCAAUUUCCUCAAAGGAAGGGACCACGCCGACGAUGCUCUUCACAAGUAAAGUUCUGAAAA